AGUGACAGAGCGACUAAAAUAGGUGUUUUGGAUAGUGACUCUGGGGAUUAGACUGGAUGGAUUUAUUUUUUCAGAAAAUUUGUGACAAACCUGGCUUAUAUUUCAGAUGGACUUGAUAGAUCUGAGAAAGAUGACUUUGAUCCUGGAAUUGUUUGUACUUUUUAUUCUUCAUGUAUGGACUGAUGCACUGGGCCAUGGUCCCCAAUGCAAUGUCUUUAAAGUUCACAGAGGGAUUGUCCAUAAAGCCUUUAUAAACAAGUCUCUCACAAUCUCCUGUAAUCUGAAAUAUUGCAAUGGUCAGACAAUCAAUGUUAUAUGGACAAAAGAAAACUUGAAAGAUUGGAUUCCAGUUUCUGGAAAAGAUCAAAUGAGAACUUCACAGACACUUUCAUCAUCUGAUCUGUUAACUUCAUAUUUAACCUUCACAAAUAUAUCAAAGUAUCAUGAAGGCAACUACAGAUGUGAGCUACAGUUACAAAACAUCAGCACAGUUGGCCAUCAUAUUAAUAUUUCUGUCUCAGAUGACAAAAUGGAAGAGGAUUUCACUCAAAUCGCAAAUGAAAGCAAUUCAAGCUUAUGGUGGUGGCCGUAUCUUUUUAUCUGUGUGGGUAUAACGAUUCUUGUUCUGGUAAUAAUGUUCAUCGCUAUCCUGUGUAUUUAUGGAUUUAAAAGUUCAGGAAAAGAGAAAAGAAAGAGAGCGCAGGUUCAGUAUACAGCACGAUCUAUGAUGCCUCAACUGACCCCGAAUAUUCCGAAGCGUGACAGAUUUGUCCAGUAUUCAGAAGACACACAGAGACACUCUCUUGACAGUUUACCACAAGUUCAGUCUUUAUCGCAUCUGUCAGAUUGUGGUGAUAAUUUACUGUCUAACAGGAAAGACAGCAGAUCAAGUCAGGUUGUUUAUGCCUCUCUACAUCACCUUGCUCCAACACCAUUAUCUUCUACACCUCGUCCAACAACUGACGAGUGUUCAGAAUACGCAGCGAUACGUGUCUCCUGAGGCUUUGAUUUUGGGUUACGCAGGAUGUCAAAUCAACGCAACUUUCGUCAAUUAGUAAAACUGUUAAUUCACAAAGUGGUUUUGUGAAGCUGUACUGUACAGUUGGGCUAACAGGAAGCUGAAGAUGUAUGAUUUUCACACUGCUUCACGCAAUGGAAAGUCGUUAAAGGUGGAUUUUAUGAGUCAAACUCAUACAACAUGUAUUGAAGUUGUAUGCACUAACAUGAAAACCUGAAUUUGUUAUACAUGGAAGGCAGUAUUCAUUUGGACCUAAAUAGUUUUCCUAAAUAUUUCAAAUAACUGUAAAAUUAAAUGUUAAAUAUUUGUGGAACUAUGGGUGGUCUCACAGUGUGACGCAUUUGGAUAGGAAUUAAAAUUACAUUCUUUUUAUCAUCCAUUUUUUACAACUUACUGCUGACA